AUGGGGCCGGCGGAGGAAGAGGGGAGGAGUGGAGAGGCGUGGGCUUUGUUAAUGGGGAGGAAGAAUUGGUACGGUGGAGGAGGGGGAGGAGGAGGGAUGCUGCAGGGCUUGAUGACGCUCAACGAAGGAAAGGUGCAUGAAGCAGAUCAAGGGCGCUGGGAGAAGACCGGAUGGAAAAGAGGGGUGUGCACAGACAAUGGGAGGGGAAGAGGGGAAGAGGAGGAGGAAAAGAGGAGAGGAGAGGAGAGGAGAGAGGUGUGUAUAGGCAGGAUGUAGGUAUUAGAACAAGAUGAAGAGAGGAGGUACUACCAAGUAUGUAUGUAGUCGGCCAGAUAGAGUGAGUUUAGAUUGAUUGAUUGAAAGAUUGAGUGA